AUGCAAGGAGUUAUAGUUAUUCUUGUUUUCUCCGGUUUAUUCGCGGUUCAGACUACGUUAGCAGCACAACAUAUGAUCGGUGGGAGUCAAGGCUGGGAAGAAUCCGUUGACUUUAACUCUUGGACUGCCGAUAAAUCUUUCAAAGUCGGCGACCAAUUGGUUUUUAAGUAUUCAGCAUUACACAGCGUUGUGGAGCUGGGAAGCGAAACGGCAUACAAGAGUUGUGACCUGGGAACACCGGUUAAUUCCUUGAGCUCCGGAAACGACGUCGUCAAGCUGUCCAAAACCGGUACUCGUUACUUCGCAUGUGGGACCGCUGGGCAUUGCGAACAAGGCAUGAAGGUCAAAGUCAACGUUGUCUCUUCCGACUCCACAACCGUUUCCUCUCCGGGUUCGGAUUCAGGCUCCGACUCGGAUACGGAUACGAAAUCCAGUCAUGGAUUACGUGCUUCCAUUGGAUAUGUUUUGGCUGUUGGAUCGUUGGUUGUUGGUCUUAUAUGGGCUUUCUGA